AUGAACUUCAGCACAAUUUGGGACAAGUGCUCCCGACGGCGUACAGACGCCAUUUUGCGUGAAUGGCAGUUCUGGCGUUAUGUGGACAAAGAUCCUGAGACGGGCGCUAAUGCCCAGUUGAAGUCUCGUAUGCGCAGCUGUCCGCACAAUUGGAUUCGCAAAGAGUACUCGUGCCCUGGCUGGAUCCCUCUCGUGGCCGACGGUAUGGGAAACUAUUUGGGUGUUGAUCUUUCACCUGAUCCCCGUGGUAGUGGAAAGCCUGGGCAGGUCAUUUUGUUUGGCCGUGAUUUUGAUACAAAGGUGGUACUGUGGGGAUGCGAUGGUGCCGAUGGAUGGGCCAAGUUCUUGCUGACAUUUAUUGAUGAAUUGGAAGCUGGCACGACGUAUAAAGUGGAAGGCGUCGGGGAAGGUGAAGGAGCAGGCACCGAGGAUGACAUUGGCUACCAGUCCUACUUUGAUGCAGCAGGUGACGUGGGCGGUGAGGGACGUGUGCAGUUCCAACUGACAGGUGAAUACAUGCAUUGGCCUGUAUUGGACAGCUGGGCUGACCGCUCUAUGCGUGCUUGGGUAACAGCAGGAAUGGCGUCUCGUCGCUUGUCAGAGGCGGGCUCAGAAGCAUCCUCGAUCAAUGAGAUCAGAGAUGUGUCCACCUCGUCGACUGCUAUUGAUCCUAUGGAUCCGUUGAUGAUGCGUUCUCGUGCUUCCCAAAAGUCAAGAACCAUGACGCCGCGUGCUUCCCGGCCAUCGACCCCCUACUCGCAACGCCAUUUGUCCUCUCGACGCCAGUCCCAAGAGUCAGGUACUGCUUCACCUACAAAGAGACGCGCGAUGCCUGUUCCACUACCUCUUCUCGACCUACCGACAAUCGAAGAUUUACGCGCUGCUGAGGCUGCGGAAGCGGCCAGGUUGUCACGCGAUGGCUCGCGACUGGAUCACUUGCGGCCAUUUGCCUUGGGCUCUGGAAAGCGGUCGCCUAUGUACAGCAAUGUGGUCAGUUCUUCUGUAUCGGUACCUAUGGACGAAACAUUGGAAAUGACGGACCGGGGGGGCAUGCUUCCAUCUACCAACCUUGAUGAAGGUCGUGUUCCAUCUCGGCCAUCCCUUGGCCAAAAAUACUCAUUGGGAUCAAGAAGUACAGCUCAGCUAAUUGAUUCCAGUGCGAGCCACAAUGAAGUGCAUGGGCAAGUGAUCGAUAUACCCCCUUCACCAACCCAUUAA